CUACAGUGUCCAGGAGGCUGUGUCAGUCUUGUGACUCAUUCCCUAUCCCUCCCCUGCAGGAGAGCCCCUCCAGGUCCGGGGCAGUCUGAUCGGCAUCAUUAACAACAAGGAAUUUGGCAUCGCCUCUCUGAACAGCAGUGUGACAGAGGAGCUCCGCUCGGGCAUCACCACCAUACGCAGCAGCAUCCGGAAUAUCCCACCAGCGGUUGGGCCACUGAUGAGGGUCUUGGUUGCUGUCAUCGCUCCCAUCUACUGGUCCUUUGCACAUCAGAGCGGCAGCACAGUGAAUGGCUUCACACUGACCAGAGGCAUCUUCAAGCAGGAGUCGCAGAUGGAAUUUGCUACAGGGGAGCUCCUGCGCAUCACGCACAUCGCCCGGGGCCUGGAGGCAGGCAGGGAGCUGCUGCUCGAUGUUGUGGUCAAUGGGUUUGUGCCUGAGAGCAUCGCUAGGGCAGCCGUGCUGCUGCAGUCUUUCAGCGAGCACUAUGUGCAGACGGGGGCCGGGCAGCUGUAUGCGGGCUCUGUGCAGAGCUUCCUGCAGGAUGGGCGCAGGGUGCGUGCCCGCUGCAACCACACCAUUGAGUACGACCCCACGCUGGGCUUCCAGCCCACCCUAGUGCAACACGUCCGGGCCCGGUCCGUGGAGGCCUCCUUUGACCCAGCCUCCGAGGAGCUCCGUUUCCAGCUCGGCACCUCCCUCCAUGCAGGGGCGAAUGGAGACCAGUGUCCCCAGGGUUUCACCAAAGACCCACAGCAGCAUUACUGCCUAGAUCAGAACGAGUGCGCUGCCCCCAGGCGCCCGUGUUCACACACCUGCCACAACUCUGUGGGCAGCUUCUCCUGCUCCUGCCCUGGUGGCUACACCCUGGCGCUGGACCGCAGGAAGUGCAGAGAUGUGGACGAGUGCAUGCAGGGCACCCAUGCCUGCCACCUGGGCCAGCGGUGCGUGAACCUGGUGGGGUCGUACCGCUGCCUACUGCGCUGCGGGGCUGGUUUCCGCCCGGGCGUGGAUGGAGCCGGGUGUGAAGAUGUCAAUGAAUGCAUGGAGGGGUCCCAUGCCUGCCGCUACAACCAGCUCUGCGAGAACACUGUCGGUGGCUACCACUGUGCAUGCCCCCGGGGCUAUCAGUCCCAGGGCACCGGCCGCCCCUGCCUGGACAUAAAUGAAUGCCUGCACGUGCCUUCGCCAUGUGCUUUCCAGUGCCACAAUCUCCAGGGCAGCUACAAGUGCCUGUGCCCACCAGGGAAGGCCUUACUCAGGGAUGGCAGGUCUUGUGCCGCACUGGAGAGGGCCGAGGGCAAUGUGACUGAUGCCCACAGAGGGGCCCAUCUGCAGUGGCUCAGACUGCCCAACCCCUCGCAUGGCAGGUCCUAUUACACCUGGUUCUCCUUCAGCCCAGCCGGGAACACCUUGAGACGCAGCAGCCGAGCCCAGUGUCCACUGGGAUUCACCAGGCGGAGCAGCGCAUGCAUUGAUCUUGAUGAGUGCCAGGCCCAGAAUCUGUGCCAGCAUGAGUGCAAAAACACUGAGGGCAGCUACCGAUGCCUGUGUCCUCCUGGCUACCGCCUGCUGCCUAACGGGAAGACCUGCCAAGACAUAGAUGAAUGUGCAGAUGGGAGGACACGGUGCAGUCCAGCCCAGCUGUGCUUUAAUACGCGUGGAGGCUCCCAGUGCGUGCACACACCCUGCCCUGCUGGCUACUGGAGAGGCACCAGCCCGGGAGUGUGCCUCCGCCGCUGCCUGGGGGACUGCAGCCUGGGUGGCCCCUCAGCCUUGCAGUACAAGCUCCUCCCGCUGCCCUUCGGCAUCCUGGCCGGCCAUGACAUUGUGCACUUGGCUGCGCUCUCCCCAGGCGGUGCGCCCCACAACCGUACCCUCUUCCAUGUGCUGGAGCAGGACCCAGGCAGCCCCUUCGCUGUGCGAGCCGAGCGGGGCCGCGGCGUCAUCUCCACGCUGCGCCCGCUCCAUGCCCCUGGCCUCUACCACCUCAAGGUGCAGGCUCAGGCCAUGGGCGAGCAGCAGGUGCACAGCGUCUUCAUCAUCCUCAUCUCGGUCUCACCCUACCCCUACUGAGAGCAGUCUGGGCUGGGGAAGGUGUGCAGAAAGACCCAGCCCUGCCAGACCUUGCUCUCUUCUCCCUCUGUUCCUGACCAUGUCUCCAGGACGGGGUGCCCUGCUCUGUCUGGGAAGCCCACUCUGCUUUGCUGUGUCUGUGCUUCAGAUCCCUGUGCCCCAUUCCCUGCCCUGAGUUUGGUGCCCUCCAAGAGGCUUCAGGUGACCCUGUCAAACUCCCUCCUGCCUGCAUCUGCUUGGCUGUCCCUCUCCCUCCCGGUUCAGCCCCUUGGCUUGCUACCAGCUCACUGCACUGACCCCUUGGGACAGCCUCAGGGCUGUUUUGGAUACCUCUGCCUCCUGAUCUGCUGUCAGCUGGACUUUCCUCAGGGCAUCAGCUGCUGACACAGCAGAGGAGCGAGCGCCCGGGACGUGGCAGGGUGCUGGGCCUCUGGGAUGCUGCACUGUGCCAUUGUGAGUGCAGCGGGGGCUGUGGUGGGUGUAGGGGAGGCGAAGGUUUGCUGCAGCCUGGGAUCCUCCUGCAAACAUCAGGUGCUGGGGCAAUCGCUGUUGCGACAGGGCGGCUAUCCCUGGGCCUGUUGUCAUGUGCCGCCUCUAACCAAACACGGCUCCUGCGAGGCCUUGGCUGCAGUCAGGGUCAGAUACGGAGGAUCGGGGCAGCCUGCUUAGAUCAGGGUUUUGGCUCUUUGGAAUAUACAUUGCUCAGGAGCCUUGGGGGGAGAUGCUGGAGUCACUUGGCCAUGGCGGAUGUGUGUUAUAGCAAGGCCCAACCCAGAUGUCAGCCCUGUUGUGCCAGGCACUGUUGCAGACACGUCAGAUCAGCUGCUGCCCCAGCCACGUCGGUGAGGUUCAGCCCGUGGCCCCUGAGCUGCAGCUUCCCUGCAGCUCUCUGCAGACCUUGUGAUCAAAGGAGUUCUCCACCCCGUCCCUCCUCCUAGCAUGGGGUAGGCCUUUCCUGCCCCUGUGGAUCGCUGUCCGACAAGCCGUCUCCAUCCCUCAAGCCUUGUUGGACCGUGCAGAUAUUAACAUACUCUCAUUUUCUCUCCUGAGCUGGAGUCUAUUAGCCCCAGUUCACCCAGGGAUGCGUGUGCUGUUGGGUCUCCUUGGUUCACACCCACAGCUCAUAGCUCCAGAGCAGGUCAGGACUGAGUGUUACAGAGGUAGGAGCAGAAAUGGGUGCAACUUCCCUGGGCCACAAGCAGCAUCAGGAAUUGAAACCGAGUCCCAGCACAGUGCCUCGUCCUCUUGAUUCUGCCUUAUGAAUGCCCAGGGGUGCAUGCCUCUGAGAUGCAAGUGGUAUCCCUGACAAUGAACUGGGGUUUGCAAACCAGCCUGGUUCUGCACAGGUCCCAUCAUGGUCCCCAGGCUAGGGGCAUGCUGUGCUGAGCUGUGGUGGGGGUAGGAGGUGAGGUUUGAAGGGCCAGGGCUGGGCGGGAGCUCUGGGACUGUCGUGUUGCUCUGUUCCAAGUGUGGUGUCGCUGUGCUCAGUCACAGUCAUAGAAACAAUUAAGCUGGUUCCUCUGCACCUGUAUUUAUUGCUGGUUUUGUUCCAAAUAAAGCUGGUUUUGUGA